AUGUUCAGAGCGCAACUGCGCCGACGACCAUUUGUCUAUCCCCAGAAUCUCAUCCGUCUAUCCAGACUAUCGUCCACCUCAAGUUUCGCCUCCGACUCGCCUCUAAUCCGUCUACAAAAUGCCACAAUAUACAAGGAUUCGACCGACCAGAACAAUGCAUCACCUCUGUUUAGCGACCUGAAUUUCAACCUCCCUCCCGCUGGCGAGCAUUGGGCUAUCGUUAGUGCCACCUCGUCUGCACGCACCGAUCUGCUCAAAGUCUUGAGCGGCAGAUACCUCUGCACUCCUCCCGAUGCUCGGUCAUAUCCCUACCUGCUACACAACAACACUCCUCAAAAUCGCGCCAUUGGCUAUAUUGGCUUCGAUGCCGAGAGAAGCGGUUUGGGCGGCACUGCUGUCAAGGGCGAAUACCUCAGUCAGCGAUAUGAGGCUCAUCGCGAAGUCACAGACUUCUCUCUACUGAAUUACCUUGAGGGAAACACUGAGCUCAAUGCUCUCGAAAAGCCGGCCGAUUACUUGGAUACACAAUUGCUAGCAGACGUCAUUGCAAAUUUGAAUCUGGAUCCUCUGCUGAAUCUACCUGUUAGCAACCUCAGCAAUGGCCAGACGCGCAGAGCUCGCAUUGCAAAAGCCUUGCUUGCCAAACCAAAACUUCUCCUGCUCGAUGGGCCAUUCAUGGGUCUUGAUCCUAUGACCACACUCCAUAUAUCAAGCUUCCUCCAGCAAAUGGCCGAGCAGAGUAGUCCAAACAUCAUUCUAUCCCUACGAGUAGGUGAUGAUAUACCUUCUUGGAUUACUCAUGUGCUCGUCAUCGAUCCCGAAACAAACACAAGAGUCAGCUAUCAAGGUACUAGAGGUAGUGUCUGGAAGGACUUGCGCGUCAUGCGUGGAGAUGAUGGCUUUCACCAAAGCUUGCGAAGAAGCAUAGUCUUAACCCCUGCAAGACCUUCUCGUGCCAAGAGUCCCGAAAUGGGUCGACUAAGUCGUGAUGGUUCACCCAUGACCCAUGUUCCGAUCCCAUUGGGAGAACCCCUGGUCGAGAUGCAAGGCGUAAAAGUAUCUUAUGGAGUGGAUAAUGAGGCAAGCAAAAGAACAGUCCUGGGAAAUUGGUCCGAGUCCGUCGAUGGUAACGAAAAGGAGGGCCUUUGGUGGAAUGUACGCCGUGGAGAACGAUGGGGUGUCUUUGGACCAAACGGCUCCGGCAAGACCACUCUUCUAUCCUUGAUCACAUCGGACCAUCCUCAGACAUAUGGUCUCCCCAUUAAGCUAUUCGGCCGCUCUCGCAUUCCGUCUCCAGGCGAGCUCGGAAUCAGUAUCUUCGAACUCCAAUCGCGCAUAGGACAUAGCUCGCCGGAGGUUCACACAUACUUCCCCAAACAGCUAUCUAUUCGCCGUGUUCUAGAGAGCGCUUGGGCCGAUACGCCACUUUCAAAACCUCGUCUGACGCGCCAGAAAGACAUUCGUGUCGAUUCCUUCCUGCGUUGGUUUGCUCCUGAACUAUCACCCACCAAAACCAGCGAGCUUCAAAUUAUUGCAAGCAAGCUGAGACGUACUGGACCUGCAAAUCCUGAAAUGAAACGUAGAUUGGAGCGCCUUCACAUUGCCAACGAUGAUCUCGAUUGGGCAGACAGCAUCACCUUCAGAGAUUUGCCCUUCAGCUCACAGCGUUUGUUGCUGUUCCUUCGUGCAUUGAUAUCUGAACCUGACUUGAUUAUCUUGGAUGAAGCGCUGAGUGGCAUGGACAAAGCUGUUCGCGAAAAGUGUCUGCUGUUCCUCGCUCAUGGUGAGAAGCUGGAAUACAAGUCUGGUAACAAAAUCGUCAACAGCGUGCAAAUGAACAAUGACCUGGUCAACUUUGGCGGCAUUCAAGAGUCACAGGCAUUGUUGACUAUCAGCCACAGUACAGAGGACAUUCCUGGCUGCAUAAGGCAAUGGAUAUGUCUUCCAGAGCCUAGUGAGGGCAAGCCGGCGAGAGUCGGUGAGCUACCAGGGCCACUUGACCUUCAUCCCGACAGUUGGUAUGAGAUCUGGAAUCUACCAAACAACAGGCCACAGAGACUGUCUAGAAGACGUUUGGAUAAAUCUGUGAAGUUGGGCCAACAAGAACGAGAAGCGGAGUCUGAGAACGGAUUGGAGAAGGAAGAAGAUGAGGAGGAUGUCGAGACAGACAAAGCGUCUUCAUCAUCACCUUCUUCAUAG